GCAUUCUCCCUAUGCUCUUCUCUCUCCCUCCCUCUCUGCCUCUCUCACUCACUGCUGGUGUUCUGUUCCUUCUUGUAGUACUGCAGAGGCUGAAGUGCAACGUCAAAAUAUUCUCCGGUAGUUACUACAUCAGUUUCUGUGAUAUUAUUGUGGGAUAUCAGAUAUAUUCAAUCCAAGACACCAACUGCUAAUUUUGUGCGAUGGUAUCUGCUUUGAACAGUCCAUCCUGCUAAUCGGACUGGUGAAGAGGACAGACUUGCUUCGUAAUCCCUUGACCAGAACUCUAGCUUGAUCCCUAGUCCAUUCCUGUAGGAACUCUACAGCUGGGUUUUACUCUAGCACGAUGGAUGAUACAUACAGAGACAGGACUUCACUGGUUAAGGGGGCAAAGGACAUUGCCAAAGAGGCUAAGAGGCAGGCAGUGAAGAAAGUGAGCCGGGCCGUGGACAAAGCCCAGGACGAAUAUACCCAGCGUUCCUACAGCCGAUUCCAAGACGAAGAGGAAGAUGAUGACUACUACUACCGGCAGGAUGGAAACUACUCUGGAGCAGCCAAUGACGAGGAGGGCUCCAGCGACGCCACCGAGGGCCACGAUGAGGAGGACGAGAUUUAUGAGGGCGAGUACCAGGGUAUCCCCACCACGGGGCAAACCAAGGAGAACCAGGUGGCUCUUGGGCAGCCAGUGCCAAAUGAGUACAAAGACCGCCUGGAGCUGGAGACCGAGCGUAAAGCCGAUGAGGAGGAGCUGGCGCAGCAGUAUGAGCUCAUCAUCCAGGAAUGUGGCCAUGGGCGCUUCCAGUGGCAGCUGUUCUUCGUGCUUGGCAUGGCACUCAUGGCCGAUGGGGUGGAGGUGUUUGUGGUGGGGUUUGUGUUGCCCAGUGCGGAAACAGAUAUGUGCAUCCCUAACUCAGGAUCAGGUUGGCUAGGUAGCAUCGUGUACUUGGGAAUGAUGGUAGGGGCAUUCUUCUGGGGCGGCCUGGCUGACAAAGUGGGCCGGAGGCAGUCACUUCUAAUCUGUAUGUCUGUCAAUGGAUUCUUCGCUUUCCUCUCCUCCUUCGUUCAGGGCUACGGAUUUUUCCUCCUCUGUCGGUCAAUUUCAGGAUUUGGGAUUGGCGGAGCAGUGCCCAUCGUCUUUUCCUUUUUCUCGGAGGUCCUGGCAAGGGAGAAGAGGGGUGAGCACCUCAGCUGGCUGUGCAUGUUCUGGAUGAUCGGGGGAAUUUAUGCUUCAGCCAUGGCCUGGGCCAUUAUCCCACAUUAUGGCUGGAGUUUCAGCAUGGGCUCGGCAUACCAGUUUCACAGCUGGAGGGUAUUCGUGGUGGUGUGCGCCCUGCCCUGUGUUUCUGCAGUAGUGGCUCUCACCUUCAUGCCCGAAAGUCCCAGAUUCUUUCUGGAGGUUGGGAAACACGAUGAGGCUUGGAUGAUCCUGAAACAGAUUCACGACACCAACAUGAGAGCACGUGGGCAGCCUGAGAAGGUUUUCACUGUGAACAGGAUCAAGACUCCCAAACAGAUUGAUGAGCUGAUUGAGAUCCAGUCAGGCACAGGAAAUUGGUUUUUGAGGUGUGUGGUCAGGAUCCGCACCGAAUUCUAUGGGAUAUGGUUAACCUUUAUGAGGUGUUUCAACUACCCUGUGAAAGACAACACCGUUAAGCUGGCCAUUGUCUGGUUCACACUUUCUUUUGGAUACUAUGGCCUGUCUGUUUGGUUUCCUGAUGUCAUCAAACAUCUCCAGUCUGAUGAGUACGCCUUGAAGGUUAGAACCUUUAACACAGAGAGGGUUGAGAAUUCGACUUUCAACUUUACUUUGGAGAACCAGAUCCACACUAAUGGGGAAUUCAUCAAUGACAGGUUUAAUAGUAUGAAAUUCAAAUCAGUUACUUUCAUCAACUGCACCUUUCAAAACUGCUACUUUGAUAAUGUUACUUCCCUGGGCACUUACUUCAGGAGCUGUGUUUUUAUUGAAAACUUCUUCGUCAACACUGACAUUGAUGACUCCAAGUUUAUCAACACUGAGACAAUAAACAACACAUUUCAUCAAAACAAGACUGGCUGUCAGAUGACGUUCGAUGACGACUACAGUGCCUACUGGGUAUAUUUUGUCAACUUUUUGGGGACAUUGGCUGUGUUGCCAGGGAACAUAGUAUCUGCGCUGCUCAUGGAUAAAAUUGGACGCUUGACAAUGCUAGGUGGGUCCAUGGUUCUGUCAGGAAUAAGCUGCUUCUUUUUGUGGUUUGGAACCAGUGAAUCAAUGAUGAUAGGAAUGCUGUGCCUUUACAAUGGCCUUACUAUUUCUGCUUGGAAUUCUCUUGAUGUCAUCACUGUGGAACUCUAUCCAACAGACAGGAGGGCAACAGGUUUUGGAUUCUGCAAUGCGCUGUGUAAAUUAGCUGCAGUUCUUGGUAACCUUAUCUUUGGCUCCUUAGUUGGCAUCACAAAAGCCAUCCCCAUUCUUCUGGCAUCCACAGUGCUGGUCUGUGGCGGACUUGUUGGACUUCGACUACCUGACACGAGAUCCAACGUCCUCAUGUGAAAAAGCACAUUUCCAGGUGCCUAAGUGGGGAACUUAAGAGGUGCAAAAGGCUUAGAUAUUUUAGAAUUUUCCAUGGGUUUGUUUAUUUUGCUUUUAUGAACAAUUCGCAGUCAGCGUUAAGAGGAAUUGUUUUAGUCCCUUAUUUCUACAUGUAUGCUUCUGAGACAGCAGUAAAGUAAACAUGCUGAAUAAAUUUAGAAUAUGUUAGCUUGCUUAAACAAGGAAUUGUAAGGUAGAUGCGUCCUUGAUGCAACUUGUUGGAUUAUUCAACUUUCAGUUAGCCCCUUCAGUAUUUCAUUGGUCUCACAUGGAUUAAACACUUGGCAUAAGACCCAAAGACAGUCAGAUCACCAUUUCCACCUGUCUACAUUGCAUAACUAUUAUUUAGAAUUGGUUUUAUCAGCAUUGUAACCCUAAACAAAGUACAGGAACUUAACAUACUGAAAAACAUUUAUAUUAGUUGUUACAGAUUGGUGUAAUCAUUAUUACUGGAGAAACUUGACCAAUAAUAAACUAUUAUUACAUUAUAAUGAACUAUUAUUAUAACAGUUCGUAUGCUGUUAGUUAUGAGCAUACAACUAUUCUAUUGAGCUGCACCACUCAGUUCUUCAGGUUCCAAUCACUAAAUAAUUGCAAUAUCAUUAGAAUGUCAAAAUUGAAAUACCUAUAGGCCCUUUUAAGACUUAGUGUGAACCUACAAUUGAAUUUUACAUGGUUUAAAAAUACAUCUGUAUUAACAGUUUGACUGUUAAUAAAAAGGAGAUCCACCGUUAGAUUUUUAACACUUGAACUAGCAUGUAUCCUUAAAUUUUCUGAAUUCCCUCCCUUUGGAAUAUAUUGCUAUCCCCAGAGCUGAGUGAAGGCUUUUGCCUUUUUAAUGAUAGGGACUAAUAGAUGAAACAUCCUGUACUGGACCUAUUGUUUUUGUAAAGUAAUGUCACAAAAUUUGUAAGACUGUACCUCCCAAUAUGUACAGUAAGGUUGUGUAUUUUUAGUUGUUACUUUCUCUGUCUCUUUAUAUAUUUUUAAAGCACAUACUAUACCAUUGAAUGUAAUGCUGCUACUAUACUGUACAUGAUGACUCCCCCAUCACAUUUACAGUGAUCUCUUGCUAUUGCUGUUCAGUGUAUUGUAAAACACUAUAGUUGUGAAUAUCUAAGCCUUUUGCACAUUUUUUUCAGAUUUAUGAAUAAAAGGCCAUACAAAAUAUUAAUAGUAAUAAUAAGUGUAGUAAACAUUCAUGGCUACUUUGUCUACUGCUUCAGUUUUAACAGUUAGCUUCCAUUUUCUGCAUAUUGAAAAAGAGGUCAACAGAGAUCUGAAUCACACAAAAACAUUGUGUUUUUAUAUGGUUCCUUUACAGUAUUUCACCAAGCUCAAUGUUAAGGGCUUCUUUCUCGUUGGAUUUUGUUGUGAAUAGACUAAAUGCCUCCUCUGUGGCAGUACUAAUCGUUCAUGCUACUCCUCCAAACACAUCCUUUAAAGCACUGAAUGGCCUUUUUAAAUGUUGUGCCUCUCCUUCAGUCGUUUGUCCAAUAGUUCUGUUUUUUUUUGCUACCAUUGUACGUGUUUUAACACAUUAGGUUAAGUCAGUCAAAAUGAACUAACAGAAUUAAUUUAUAAUAAAUGCUGUAAUUUCCAUCCGUUUUAAUUACUACAUGUACUGUAUAGUAAAUAAGGAGAAUUCUGAUUUAAAUUGUGGACAACACUGAUUUCACAUUGUUUCAUAACAUAAAUAACAGCAAUUUUAAGCCACUAAAAAGUGAAGUAGGUUGGAAUACUUCCUGCAUUCUAAGAGAAUAGAUUAUUCAGUGUUGAGUGGCAUCUCAGAAAACAUUUCAUGAAAUAAUGUUUUCGACGUGUUACAUGCAUGAUUUUCCUCUCAUUGCUGCCUGUAAGUAUCUGACAGUAUCUGACACUGGGAAGACAGUGAAAGAAUCUCGUAGAGUGACUGACAAAUUUUGAGCUCAUGUUAAUUUCUCUCAAUAUAACAUGCUGUGUACUUGAUCUAAUGGCUUCAGUUACAUAAAGACAUGAUCUUCAUGACUACUAAUCCAAGUCGAGUUUUUAUGUCUCUGUUACUGAAAUUUCUGUGUAACAUACAGUAGGUACCUCCCUAUACAAUUCACCAGUAAUGUCUUUGUCCUCCAAUGUGUUUGUUGCUUCUACACUGUGUAACUGUGGCUAGUGCAAUAUCCAUACCACUGUGUGAACCUUCAACCUCAUGAUGUCCAUCAGUUUGCUUGUAUAAACUCCCAUUGCCAGGAUUCUUAAAAGUACAAGUACGUGAAUAAAUAAUGUGCAUUUUUGGAAGUUUUUUUUAUUUAUUUCUGUUUUACUGUAGUUUAGUGAUGUAAAAAUCUACACCAACCAUUUGAAGAUCAAAGGAAAACAAACACCAAUUAGAACGGAUUCUACUGAAAAAAAAACAUUGCAAUUAGGACGGAGUUAAACCAAAGGUAUACUGCAGCCACCACCUCUGUGGGUUACUGAAGUCUUUAAAGUUUAUAAAGUCUAUAUUAAAUGAGGUGUGUUUAAUCUUUGAAUCACAAUGGUUAGAGUAGUGCUAAAUUUUGGUUUGUUAUAAGACCUAUGUCUUUACCAAGUGUAUUGCAGUAUAUUUUGCAUUUUAGUAUUUUUUUUGAAAGAAUAUUGUUUGCUUUUUUUAUGGACAGAAUGUAUAUAUCAAUAGAUGUUAUCACAUUGCUAUUAUGUUAUUUACAGUCUGGAAUUUGUGUAUUUAUUUGCUUCAUUUACUGAAUUAUCUCACUUCUUUUCUUAUUAACUUGUGACUGCUUUGUGGGACAUCAGUCUCGGCAAUGGCCCUGUACAUUUUCACACUGCUGUGUAUCCUAGAAGUGCAAGACACUCUCGGCUAUUAUGUGUGUUUGCAUGUGUGUAGCGACUUCUUCCACUUUGCCUUUGAUUUUGUAUUCUUUAGAAAUACACGGAUUUCACAACAUGUGGAUGUAUCAUUCUCGUAAGCUCCUUGGUGUCAGGUUUGUGGGCUUUACUUUAACUUAUGUACUGUAUUUAUUUUGAUCCAUUUUGUUGGAAUUAAAAAAAUAUAGAAAACAGAAAAAAAGCUGUGUCUAUCGUUGUGAAAGGGCAUGCCAAUCGUGGGAUGACUGUAUGUAUGGUACAGAUCUAUAAAAUACGUGAAGGUGUGUAUAAAAGUAUUUGCCAAAUACCUGUACUUCAACUAACGUCUAAAGAAAGCAGAAGGUGCAAUGUACUGUAAAUCACAUAGAGGUGGAUGCAUUUGUGCAUCCUCAAGUAUUAAAAUAAAGAGUUAUGUUCUAUAUAAUAAA